AUGACGUCGAAGCACACACUCCGCUCAAUAAAACGUGUUUUUGCGGAGCACCAAUUUUCUAUUAAUGGCUUCCGCUUCGACAUCUGGUCGAAGAAAACCAAAACGGCGCGUUGCACUUCUGUGCUUGAACCUGCCGUCAAAAUGAUAAAAUCCCCGCUGACUGCAAAGCAGUAUGAUGUAUUCAUCAACCAUCGAGGCCCAGACACCAAACCGAAUCUAGCUCAGCAGCUCUACGAUUCUCUACAGGAAGCUGGGAUCCGAGCAUAUCUAGAUGCUCCAGAGACUGAGCUCGGAGAUUCUUUUUCUUCUGCCAUAUGGAAUGCCAUAUCCUCUGCCGCAGUGCACAUAGCCAUCUUCUCACAGCGAUAUGCAGAGUCUGCUUGGUGCUUAGCUGAGCUAGCCUGA